GAGAGAGUAGGAGGCUUUGUUUACUUAGGAAGCCGAGUGCAGCUAGUUUUGCAGCCUUGCUCAAACAAGGUGUAUAUGUGCGCAGUGAGUGUGUAAGAGUGAGGAAAGAGCUUUGAACUGUCUGCAGCCGUGAAGAGGGAAAGAGGUGAAAGAGGGGAGAACAUUUUGUCCUUACUGUACCUUUUUUCCCCCCUUCAUCUGUACUUGUGAUUCUUCCAUUUUGCCAGAGAAUAAGGAAAGGGAAUCAAUUAAAGGAUACAUUUUUUUUUUUUAAACGGACGAAACAGCAUGGCGUGGGUUAGCGCUCACUGAUGAAACAAUUAGAUGCACUCACACACUUGGAGAGUUUGUUUUUGAAGCAAACUUUUUUGCAACAUUGGGAAAGUUAAAAUUUUUGGCUCUUAUUUUCUUCUUGUUUUUCAACCUUACAUUUGAGAAAAAAAAAAAAAAAAAAAAAAACAUUUGUGCCAUGCUUAUGAAUCCUGGCUAACAGAGGCAGAGGUGCUUUGCUCAUUUGUUUUGGAUGAAAGCUGACUGUGAGGUUCAUAGUGAAAGCUAGCAUUUGUUACAUCAAAAGAGAGGAGGCAUGGAUUUUGAUCCACGGGAACCUGAGCCAUGUCUCUCGGCUGCUGCAUUUGUAAACCAGGUGCAAUAUUCCAACAUCCUGGAGGGCCGUUUUAAACAGCUGCAAGAUGAAAGAGAGGCAGUGCAGAAGAAGACCUUUACUAAAUGGGUGAACUCUCACCUGGGCCGUGUGACCUGCAGGAUCGGUGACCUGUACACUGACCUCCGCGAUGGACGCAUGCUCAUCCGGCUGCUGGAGGUUCUCUCUGGGGAACAACUGCCAAAGCCCACCAAGGGCCGUAUGCGCAUCCACUGUCUGGAGAAUGUUGACAAGGCUUUGCAGUUCCUGAAAGAACAGAAGGUUCAUCUGGAGAACAUGGGUUCUCAUGACAUUGUUGACGGAAACCACCGUCUCACACUCGGUCUCAUCUGGACCAUAAUACUUCGUUUCCAGAUCCAAGACAUUAGCGUUGAGACGGAGGACAACAAGGAGAAGAAAUCAGCCAAAGACGCUCUGCUGCUGUGGUGUCAGAUGAAGACUGCAGGAUACCCAAAUGUCAACGUCCACAACUUCACCACCAGCUGGAGAGAUGGUCUAGCGUUCAGCGCCAUUGUGCACAAACACAGGUCAGACUUGAUUGACUUUGAUAAUCUCAAGCGGUCUAAUGCCCACUAUAACCUGCAGAAUGCCUUUAACGUGGCCGAGAAGGAGCUGGGUCUUACCAAGCUACUUGACCCCGAGGAUGUAAAUGUUGACCAGCCUGAUGAGAAAUCUAUCAUCACAUAUGUGGCCACAUACUACCACUACUUCAGCAAAAUGAAGGCACUUGCCGUAGAGGGGAAGAGAAUUGGCAAGGUGCUGGACUAUGCUAUUGAAGCUGAUCAGCUGAUAGAUAAAUAUGAGUCUCUGGCUUCAGAGUUGCUGCAGUGGAUUGAACAGACCAUUGUUACCCUGAAUGACCGGCAGCUCGCUAACUCUCUCAGUGGGGUUCAGAACCAGUUACAGGCCUUCAACACCUACCGUACCGUAGAGAAACCACCUAAGUUCACUGAAAAGGGAAAUUUGGAGGUUUUGCUCUUCACCAUUCAAAGUAAAAUGAGAGCAAACAAUCAGAAAGUCUACAUACCAAGAGAGGGAAAACUGAUCUCUGACAUCAACAAGGCAUGGGAGAGGUUGGAGAAGGCAGAACAUGAGAGGGAGUUGGCACUGAGAAAUGAGCUGAUUCGUCAGGAGAAGUUGGAGAUGUUGGCCGCACGCUUUGACCGCAAAGCAGCCAUGAGAGAGACCUGGCUCAGCGAAAACCAACGGCUAGUUUCACAGGACAAUUUUGGUGUUGACCUGGGCGCUGUGGAGGCAGCCACCCGGAAGCACGAGGCCAUCGAGACUGACAUCCAGGCAUACGGCGAGCGUGUGGCUGCCGUAGAAGCUGUUGCUCGUGAACUAGAGGCAGAGGGAUAUCAUGAAGUGAGGCGCAUACUGGCACGAAGGGAUAAUGUGCUCAGGCUGUGGGAGUAUCUGAAGGAACUACUUGCAGCACGACGAGAGAGGUUGAUAGCACACAGAGAUAUGCAGCGCCUCCUACAGGAGAUGAGAUACAUCAUGGACUGGAUGGAAGAUAUGAAGAGUCGUCUGCAAUCUCAGGACAGUGGGAAACACCUUCAUGAUGUUGAGGACUUAUUGCAAAAACAUACUCUUGUGGAAGCUGAUAUAUCAGCACAGGCCGAGAGAGUAAAAGCAGUGCAGGCUGCAGCCAAGAGAUUUGCUUCAAACGAACAGAGCUAUAAGCCAUGUGACCCGGCGCUGGUUGAGGAGAAGGUGGAUCUACUGGGCCAAGCGUAUGGAGAAUUGGGCCAACUGGCAGCGGAACGAAGAGCUCGCCUGGAUGACUCGCGAAGGCUGUGGCAGUUCCUUUGGGAGCUGGGAGAGGAGGCAGCCUGGAUUAGAGAGCAGGAGCAGAUCCUGUCCGGAGGAGAUUACGGAAAAGACCUGAGCUCCGCUCUUCACUUCCUCUCUAAACACGAGGCCUUUCGAGAUGAGAUGGCAGCCCGGUAUGGUCCUCUGGGGAACAGCAUUGCCGGGGGAGAGGCUUUGGUGAAGGAAGGGCACUUUGGAGCACCUGAGGUGACUGAGCGAAUUAUGGACGUGAGAGCACAGUGGGAACACUUGGAGGAGGUCUCUAAGUUGCGUGAGCAGGGGCUACAAGAGUCUGUAGCUUUCCAUCAGUUCCAGACAGAUGCCAGUGACAUGGAGGCCUGGAUACUGGAUACACUAAGACUGGUGUCAAGUCAAGAGGUGGGCCAUGAUGAGUUUUCCACACAGACUCUAGCCAGAAAACAGAGGGAAGUGGAGGAGGAGAUUCAGAGUCACCGAUCACUCAUAGACUCACUGCAUGAACAGGCCUCAACACUACCUGCAGCUUAUGUACAGUCACCACAGGUUGAGGGCCGUCUCCCAGCAAUAGAGCAGCGUUAUGAGGAGUUAGAGGGGUUGUCAUCAUCAUGGAGACAGGCCUUGGAUGGAGCGCUUGCAUUGUACCGUAUGUUCAGUGAAGCGAGCGCCUGUCAGCUGUGGGUUGGAGAAAAAGAACAGUGGCUUCACAAAAUGGAGAUCCCCUCCAAACUAGAGGACCUGGAGGUGGUUCAGCAGAGGUUUGAAACUCUAGAGCCAGAGAUGAACACAUUGGGCGCGCGCGUUUCUGAUGUUAAUCAAGUGGCCCAACAGCUGCUUGGAUCAGACAACCGCAACAAAGAGCAGAUUAACCAGACACAUGACCAACUCAACAACAGGUGGUCUGAUUUCCAGAGUUUGGCCAACCAACGUAAACAAGCUCUAGAAUCCGCAUUGAAUAUCCAGAAUUAUCACCUAGAAUGUAAUGAGAUCAAGAGCUGGAUGAAGGAAAAGACCAAAGUCAUUGAGUCUACACAGAGCCUUGGAAAUGACCUGGCUGGAGUCAUGGCCCUGCAACGCAAGCUUACUGGUAUGGAGAGAGACCUGGAGGCUAUACAGGGAAAGCUGGAUGACUUGCGUUCUGAGGCUGAGAAAUUGACUUCUGAGCAUCCUGAGCAGGAAGAGGAGAUCAUGGGUUGUCUGGCUGAAAUCCAGGAGGUAUGGGAGGAGCUUCGAGCCACCAUGAAGCGGCGCGAAGAGUCAUUGGGUGAAGCCUCCAAGCUCCAGGGCUUCCUCAGAGACCUUGAUGACUUCCAGGCCUGGCUAUCUCGUACACAGACCAAUGUGGCUUCUGAAGACACGCCCACUUCUCUAGCAGAAGCAGAACGUCUGCUGGGUCAACAUGAGGCCAUAAAGAAUGAAGUGGACAAUUAUAAGGAAGAUUAUGAGAAGAUGAGAGCUACUGGAGCCGAGGUGACACAGGGUCAGACGGAUGCACAGUACAUGUUCUUAGCCCAGCGGCUGCAAGCAUUGGACACAGGCUGGCAUGAGCUGAGGAGGAUGUGGGAGAGCCGCCACUGUGUUCUUGCUCAGGCCUUCGACUUCCAAACCUUGCUACGAGAUGCAAAACAAGCAGAAGGCUUUCUAAACAGCCAAGAGUAUGUCCUGUCACACACAGAGAUGCCCUCCAGCCUGCAGGGCGCAGUUGAGGCCAUCAAGAAACAUGAGGACUUCCUCACCACCAUGGAGGCCAGUGAGGAGAAGAUCAACAGUGUGGUCGAAUCAGGGCGGAGACUCGUAUCUGAUGACAACAUCUAUGCAGACAAAAUUCAAGAGAAGACAGACUCCAUUCAGGAGAGACACCAGAAGAACAAGGAAGCUGCCAAUGAGCUGCUGACCAAACUGAAGGAUAACAGAGAGCUGCAGCACUUCCUACAGGAUGGACAAGAGCUGACUCUGUGGAUAAAUGAGAAGAUGUUGACAGCUCAGGACAUGUCAUAUGAUGAGGCCAGAAACCUUCACAGCAAGUGGCAGAAGCAUCAGGCUUUCAUGGCUGAGCUUGCUUCCAAUAAAGACUGGUUGGACAAGAUUGACAAGGAGGGUCAGGCGAUAGUGAAAGAGAAGCCUGAGUUGGAGCAGACGGUAUCUGAGACUCUCAGUGGUCUGCAGAAGCAGUGGGAUGAGCUGGAGAGCACCACUCAAGCCAAAGCUCAGUGUCUGUUUGACGCUAACCGUGCUGAGCUCUUCACGCAGAGCUGCUCGGCCCUGGACUCUUGGCUUCAGAACAUCUCCUCUCAACUCCAGAGCGAUGACUUUGGAAAAGAUCUCACCAGCGUCAACAUUUUGCUCAAGAAACACCAGAUGCUGGAGCAUCAGAUGGAGGUGCGUGAAAAAGAGGUCCAGUCUCUAGAGUCGCAGGCCCUGGCUCUGGCUCAAGAGGAUUCUGGUAUAAUGGAGGUUGAUGGACAGCAGAAAAGGGUGACAGACAGCUUCUCUCAGCUGCAGGACCCUCUAAAACAGCGGAGACAGCAUCUCCUCGCUUCAAAAGAGGCUCAUCAGUUCAACAGAGACCUUGAAGAUGAGAUAUUAUGGGUGAAGGAGAGGAUGCCCCUCGCCACCUCCACAGACCACGGCAAAGACCUUCCCAGUGUCCAGCUGCUCAUCAAGAAGAACCAGACUCUGCAGAAGGAGAUUCAGGGUCAUCAGCCACGUAUCGAUGACAUCCAGGCUCAUGGUAAGAGCAUGUCUCCAGGAAAGGAGUCAGAGGUGGACAAGGAGAGGAGAGCUACUCUAGAUGAUCGUCUGGUGGAGCUGAGGGAAUCGUGGGCCCUUCUGAUUUCUGAGACAGAGCAGAGACACGCAAGGCUAACAGAGGCGAACAAAGCACAGCAGUUUUACGCAGAUGCUGCGGAGGCCGAGGCCUGGAUGGGAGAACAAGAGCUUCAUAUGAUGUCAGAGGAAAAGGCAAAGGAUGAGCAGAGUGCUUUGGUGAUGGUGAAGAAACACCAGAUUCUGGAGCAGGAUCUGGAAGACUAUGCCCAGACCAUCCACCAGAUGGCCAACAGCAGCAGACUUAUGGUGGACAGCGAACACCCAGAGAGUGAAAGAAUCACUUUGAGGCAGGCCCAGGUGGAUAAACUGUAUGCAGGGUUGAAGGAUCUGGCAGAAGAAAGGAGAGGCAAACUGCAGGAGAGACUGAGACUGACCCAGCUGAAGAGAGAGGUGGAUGAUUUAGAGCAGUGGAUCGCAGAGAGGGAAAUUGUCGCAGGAUCUCAUGAACUCGGACAAGACUAUGAACAUGUAACGAUGUUGCGUGAUAAGUUCCGGGAAUUUGCACGGGACACCAGCACAAUUGGUCAGGAGCGUGUGGAUGCAGUGAAUGCUCAGGCAGAUGAACUUAUAGAGUCAGGUCAUCCAGAAAAUGCCAGCGUGGCCGAGUGGAAGGAUGGGCUCAAUGAGGCCUGGGCCGACCUGCUGGAGCUCAUCGACACACGAACACAGAUGCUGGCUGCCUCGUACGAGCUGCACCGCUUCCAUCAGGACGCCCGGGAAGCUCUGGGGCUCAUACGGGAGAAGAAUGAGACGCUAGCGGGGGCCGAACUUGGACGGGACCUGAACACUGUCCAGCACUUGUUUAGACAGCAUACAGCCUAUGAACAUGAUGUGCAGGCACUCAGUGGGCAGGUCACACAGGUGCAGGAUGAUGCAGCACGUCUGCAAAAAGCAUAUGCAGGAGAGAAAGCUGAGGAUAUCCAUCACCAUGAGCAUGCGGUCACAGUGGCCUGGGAGGGACUUCAGUCUGCCACUCAAGCCAGGAGGCUGCUCCUAUUGGACACAGUUGAGAAGUUCCGGUUCUUAAACAUGGUCAGAGAUCUCAUGCUGUGGAUGGAGGGAAUAAACUUACAGAUCCAGUCACAUGACAGUCCGAGGGACGUCUCUUCAGCUGGUCUGGUCAUCGCCAACCAUCAGGACAUUAAGUCAGAGAUAGAGACUAGAGCAGACAGCUUCACUGCUUGCGAUGAAAUGGGACGCACCCUCAUCAACAACAACCACUAUGCUUCAGAUGAGAUUCAAGAGAAAUUGGAUCAGCUUCAGGCCAGACACACUGAAAUUAAUCAGAAGUGGCAAGAAAAAAUGGACCACUUACAGAUCGUUAUGGAGGUGUUACAGUUUAGCAGGGAUGCAUCCAUGGCUGAGUCAUGGCUGGCUGGGCAGGAGCCCUUGGUCAGGGCAGCAGAACUGGGCUCUAAUGUAGACGAGGUUGAGAGUCUUAUCAAACGCCACGAAGCCUUUGAAAAACUGGCAGCAGGCUGGGAAGAACGCUUCACACUUCUAGAAAAGCUCACCACGCUGGAGGAACAGGAGAUUCAAAGAAGAAGGGAAGAAGAAGAGAGAGCCCGGCGACCACCCACACCUCCCCCUGUAGAGGAAGUGGUACAGUCAGAGUGGAAUGAUUCUGCUGCAAGGACGAGUCUGGACCAAACGACAUUGAACCAGUCAGUAUCUGUCAAUGGUAUCAACAGUGACCAGGACACAUCACAGUCAUUAUUGGUCUCAGUAUCUGAACUCAAGAAACCUGAACCUAAACCAGAGACUAAACCUCGGUCUAACCCAGUUUCUAAGCCUGUGCCUAAACCACACAAGGCACAGGAGCGUGGAUCAGAAUCCGAGUCUGUAAACGGUCCUGGUCGUGACAGUGGUCUGGACUCGGCAUCACGGCAAGACCCUUCAGCAACACUGCCAGGGCGAGGAGGGGCAGAGGCAGGCACAGAAGCAAUGGAGGGCAUGCUCUGCAGGAAACAGGAAAUGGAAUCGCACAGCAAAAAAGCAGCCACCAGAUCGUGGCAGAAUGUGUAUUGUGUAUUACGUAAAGGCAGUAUGGGCUUCUAUAAGGACAACAAGAGUGCCUCUAAUGGAAUCCCCUACCAUGGAGAAGUUCCCAUCAGUCUCACUGAGGCUGUCUGUGAGGUUGCCCAUGACUACAAGAAGAGGAAACAUGUAUUUAAACUUCGGCUUGGAGAUGGAAAAGAGUUCUUGUUUCAAGCAAAGGAUGAGGCUGAAAUGAGUUCAUGGAUUCGAUCAAUCCAGUCAUCCAUGUCAUCCGGCGAACGUUCACCGGGUGGCACACGGGGUCUGAGUCGGGCAAUGACUAUGCCACCCAUCUCUCCCAGCUCAGGCGAGGCAGGAGAAGUGACCAUGCGCAACAAAGAUGGCAAAGAGAGAGACCGUGAGAAACGCUUUAGUUUCUUUGGCAAGAAGAAAUAAGCACCCAAAUAUGCCACAGAUCUCCACAACGAGCGAAACAAGAGAUGGAAGUUUGUCAACACUCAAAAGAAACUGAAAAUGUUAGAAAAGGGGAAGCAAACUUGCAUGUCACAAUGUGAUACAUUUUAUGUUCUUUUUCUUCAACUACAUUUUUUAAAUUCUUCUCAUUUCACACAAGGAUCUUGUUCAAUCUCGCCUCCUAGCUUUCGUGACACUUUUGGCCCGAGGUGUUGUAAAUCCACAGAGUGAGCCCUGUUAAUUGGGCUUCUCUGGAGAAGAGGAAGUGACAUUUCUGACUAAGACCACUCCCAGACCAAGAGCCAAUGCAGUAGAAGUUUUGUGAAAGUUCAGUUCAUACCUUUUAAUUUUAUUAGUUUCCUUUUCACAUUUUUUCACAAUAAUUUUAGCUGUGAGCUAGAUAGCUACUGUAAUGUUUGAAAGAUCAAGAGUGCUAUUUUGUUGUUUUCCCCUGAUUAUUUCCUUUUUUUGUCUUCUCACUUUCUUUGUGAAGGACCACAAUCCUUUUUUUGGUAUUGUUAUAACGAAAGAUUUAAUUGUUAUUGCUAAAAAAAAAAUGUUUGGCUGUUGCGUUUGAGCCCAUUUAAAAUCAAAUAAUGAAAAAAAAUUGUAAGUAUAGUUGGUAUGAGUCAUGUUCAGAGAGGACAAAGCAAAAAAUGCCACGAGUCAAAGGUUUGUGCUGGUCUUUUUCCUUUCAACUACAUGCUCUUCUAACUGACAAUUUUUGGUGGUGUUAAUUUUUCUAGACAUGACUGUGCUGAAUGCUUUUUUUAUUUUUAUAAUAGUUCUUUUUGGCUUGCAAGUUUAAGAGUAAAAAAAACAAAAAAAACAAAAAAAAAAUUCACUAUUUAUAAUGGUUUUAGUUUUAUUUUAUCUUAGAGCUCAGUUUCUCUGUUCUCACUCAUUUCGAUUGAUACUUGGAGAUGUAUACUUUCUCAUUGUGUGACUGUUUCAUAUUUUCCCUUAACCUCAUCUCUUGUUGAAAAGACAGUGUUUGUGGUGAAAACUGGAAUUUGAUGUGUGAUGCUGUGGUUUGGACUUUGGUUUUACUCUUGCACUAAAACAAACAGACACAACACAAGAAUCACUUGAACAAGCCAACAUUACAAUUACAAAGAAUUGUGAGAAGGGGCAUAUAUUUUUUCCCCCUCUUUUUUUGUUGGUUUGAUUUGAAUAUGUAGUUGACCAAGUUUCAUAUUAAAGGUUUCUUGGGAUUGAUUCUCAGGCGUCGGUUUUACCAUUCACACACAGGUGUACACGCACAUGCUUUUCUCCCUCUUAACCCUACACUUGACAAAAUUUUGCAGGGAUUAGCCUCUUUUCUGAUAGCUGAAAUUGGGAUUAGUGUCAGUGAUGCUCUUGAGGUUGAUGCUGCAUUUUUAGGUGUGUAUGUAGGUGUGUGUGUGUGUGUGUAUGUAUGUGUGUGUAUAUACAUACACACACACACACACACACACACACAAAGAAAACGGUCGCUUUCAUGUUUAUUGGUUGUGAAUGUGCUCAAAAACUCUGAAUGAGAAACAACAUUACUUGGAUGUUCUAAAUGUGGACCAAAUCGAUACCCCCCCCAAAUGGAAUUUGACAUUUUUACAGCAUACAUGUAUAAACUGCUGGUUUUAUACUUGAGGGGCAGGUGGGAAUUAUCUCCUGGUAACUGUAAGUAACUAGGCAGGAUCCAUGGCAAUCUACCGGACAUGAUUUCAAAUAUACAAUCUGCAGUUAUACAAGAGCAUGGCGUGUUGGUUACAAAUGUACCAACUGUGGCAUGAAAUCGGUAUUUUUGUAGGAUAAAGAUUUUUCUGCCCAUGAUUGUAAGAAAGCUUGCCUUUGUGUGUUAAUGUGUUAGGGUGAGGUAUUUUGACGUCAUACAAUUAAGCCCCUUCCUCUGAGAUGAGUAGGGUAUUAAGCAAUGUACAUUCUUAUGUCAUGAUCCAUUUUAAUCAUCUUUUUUUUUCUCUCUCUCUCUCUCUCUCUCUCUCUAUGGAGACUUAUUUAUUUUUAUUUUUUUUGCUGUUACAUUUGAUGUGAAGCAAAAUGAUACAGACUCCCUAUUAAACCUGGUCCAGCCCACUGAAACAGCCGAUUACCAUCUUUCCAGUUUUCAGUGAUUGGAGAAUGUACCAAAACAAAUUUGCUGUUCUGUCCAGUGAAGUUAAAUGUGAUUCUGAUAAGAUCAGAAAGGCAUCUUAUCAGAUCUGAUGUUCUCCAGCAUAAAGGAUAAAAGCGCAAGUUGUAGACUAGUGAUUUUGCUCGUGGAACUCAGUUGUAGGAUUCGUUAAGCUGGAGCCUACAUACAGAUAAGUUUGAGACUGUGUGCUGUUGAAAUUAGUAACUGCUACUCUUUGUUUCCUGAGAUCAGUUCCAAAAUGCAUUAGGUUAAAGUUCAUACCUCUCUUAUUGAUGCUGUUGAUAUAUAUAUAUAUAUUUUUUUUUUUCCCCCAUUACAUUUCUCUUUGUCACAAAGCUCUAGUCUUUCUUUCUUCACCCUCAACUUUAUAAAACACUGUCCAGUGGGGAUGGUUUUACCCCAGUUUGGUUAGAUUUUCAGUUACAUUGUGGCAUAUGAGUGAAUCUAGAUAAAUGAGUAGGUUUAUGUGACUUUCAAUGGACUGGUUAGGGAAAUGUUAAUGUAAAUGGAGAAUGAAAGAUCAUUUAUUAACAAUACAUUAAUACAGUCAGUUUUAAGGGGAAACUCAUCUCUCAGUAGAAGUGUGGCCUCAGAGAGCUGAGUGUUAGAUUAGAUCAAAUCUGUUUUUAAGCAUCAUUUCCCCCUCAUCAAGUAAUGGUAUAUUUUGGAACAUUUUAAUGCGUCUUCAAAAAUAAUCCCACCAAAUUCAUUUAAGGAACAUUUAUUAAAGAAAGCAGAUUCCAUUACUUUGACUUUGAGUUGUUAAUAUCACUACUAUUAUCUGUUAUUAUUAUUAUUGUUGUUGUUAUUAUAAUAAAACUCAUUAUUAAUAUUACUAUUAUUAAUACUACUACUACUGUUGCACCUCGUGUAAAACUGCAGCCUAUUCCUGCUGAGUUUCUCGUCUGUAAUACCAAACCCCACCACUUGGGGGCAAGUGUGCUGUGGAGCAUUUUUCGUUACUGAUAUAAACAAGAAAUACUUGUUUGUUGACUUGUGUAUCUACAUCUAAUAUUAGGAAUAAAAACAUGGUUUGAAAAGAAA